CAUUACGGAAGUAAACCCGCCGACGAAACGGACAGAAACCUGACAGAAACCAAAAGAAGUUUGUGUGUACGCUUGACUGAUAUCUCCAGGUAGUCUGUCAUCAUGCUGGGGGGAGGAUUCAAAGCAGAGAGGCUAAGGGUCAACCUCCGGUUGGUCAUUAAUCGACUCAAACUCCUUGAGAAAAAGAAAACCGAGCUUGCUCAAAAAGCAAGGAAGGAGAUCGCAGAUUACCUGUCAUCAGGAAAGGAUGAGCGGGCUCGGAUCCGUGUGGAGCACAUUAUCAGAGAAGACUACCUGGUGGAAGCCAUGGAGAUCCUGGAGCUCUACUGUGACCUGCUGCUGACUCGUUUUGGCCUCAUUCAGUCUAUGAAGGAGCUGGACCCAGGCUUACAGGAGGCAGUGUCCACCCUCAUCUGGGCAGCGCCUCGUCUCCAGGCAGAGGUGUCUGAACUAAGAACUGUAUCUGAGCAGCUAUGUGCAAAAUAUAGCAAGGAGUACGGCAAGCUGUGCAGAACAAACCAGAUUGGCACAGUCAACGACAGGCUGAUGCACAAACUGGGUGUGGAGGCCCCUCCCAAGAUCUUGGUGGAGCGCUACCUGAUAGAGAUCGCCAAGAACUAUAAUGUGCCGUAUGAACCUGACGCCAUGGUCCGGCCCGAGGUGAGUCCUGGAGAGGAGGCAGACCUGAUUGACGUGGACAAUGACAGGAAGUUUGGAGGAGGAGGAGGAGGAGGAGGAGGAGGAGGAGGAGGAGGAGGAGGAGGUGGUGGUGGUGGUUUCACUGUUCCUCCUGGUGGCAUGCCCAUGCCCAUGCCUAUGCCCAUGCAUAUGCCAACAGCUUUCAACUAUCCAGCCCCUAAAGGACCUGAACCGUAUAACACUCCUGUUGGAGUCUACAACAACUUCCAGCACCCAAUGGGAGGAGGGCAGCCCCCUCAGCUGCCCACUUGUCCCCCAACAUACGAGUCUAUUGAUGAUCUAACUGCCAAACCUUCUGUUCCUUCCCAGGCCAUAGGUCCUGGCCCUUCAUCUCAGUUUUUUGACAACAACGCUCUCCCAGAACUGCCCUCUGUUCCCGACACACUCCCCACAACCUCCUUCGGCAGAAACACCACCACCUCGGAUGACAUCGACUUUGAUGACUUAACACGGCGCUUUGAGGAGCUGAAGAAGAAGACCUAAUGGCUUUAUCCCUGGUCUACACACAUGCACACACACAUACACCCACAGGCAUGUGCAGUAAUCUUACGCAGCUCAGAACAGGAAAUGAUGGUUCAAUGCUCCAAAUCAGGCUUGGUUAGUUCUCUCCCUUCCACGGUGAAGUACUCUGACAUAGAUAUUAAACAUACAUGUAUGUAUUCUUACCUCAUUUAAAUAAAUACGACCUUGGCAGUUAGCAGAAAUCUCAUUUCGUUGGCAGUACCAGUGAGGACUACAUGUUUUAAUUUCUUUUGGGCACAUAUCAUAUAUUCUUACAUACAGCCAUGUGGGUUUUGACCCCUGUUCACUCCUCUUUAAGGUCACACUGACUUUUAACUUUUCCAAUGUGUCUGUGUAAUGUACUAUAUAACCAAAUUUUAAUUGUUGCUUUUCCCUGUUUUGUUUUGUUUUUCGGAGGGGGGGUAUAAUGAAUAUUUACAGUACAAGCCUUAAUUCUACUUUCCACAAGCUGCGCUUUGAACUUUUCCACUGUGUCUCUCAGUUCAGUCUCAGACUUGUCAAACAAGCCAGACUGGCCGGCCCAGUUUGAUGGGGAGCGGGCGUUCACACUAACAGAGGCUAGAGAUUAUAUCCGAGACGAGGCUCCAGUACCCGGCAUUUUCUUUUUACAUAAGGUAUGAGGACAGAUUGACGCCAUAUUUUCAGUGUCUUGCUGUGUCAUGCAGUUUUGUUCCAGUAGAAAGGACCUUUUUAAACACCCAUUACACUUCAGCGUUUAUUCAUACCAGAAACAAAGGUGUCCUGUAUGAGCUCUCCUAGAAAAGCCCACAGUGACUCAUGUCAAACCUGUUACAUGGGUGGUGAGCACAGAUGUAAAGUGAUAAAACUGUGUCUGAAAACCUGUAAUAUAAUACAUUUACAAUGAUAUAGAUAGACAGUUACACAAAUAAUUGAACUGUACAGGAGAAGAUAACUUGGUAGUAGGGAGUCCUUUAGUAUUUGACAUAGAAAUGGUAAUGUUUUUGCCCCUUUUGAAUGUCAGUCUUCCCAGAUGCCCGACCUUCUUAACAUUAAAGUACUUCAUUUACAAGCCAAAUGUGUGCACACAAGAGCAGCCACACAACAACCUAAUUUGAUUGAUUAGAUGUAAAUAUUGACCCCAGAGGUGAUAGGUUUGUGUGGUCCUCUGUGAUCAUGUGUGCAUGUGUCUUACACUGUAUGUGCACCACUGCAUUUGCCUUAGUUAACAUUUCUCAUCAGAGGCCUUUCCAACCUGUACUAGGAUUAUGCAUUUGUUUUCCAUCAAGACUGGAUAUGUGUUAUCUGUGUGGGUCUUAUUUGAUUAGAUUACACUUUGCUUUAUUUGCUUUGCCCAUUAACAAUUCUCUAAAAACCUGUUUAGUUGAAAUUUUUAGAUUUGAUGAAACACCUGUACUGUCAAUAGAGGUUUCCUGCGGAGAAAUGGGAGUCGAGAAGUUUUUUGUUGUGGCAUAGACGUCACGUGUCGCUGCAGCCCAACCACACCCAGCUCUGCGUGCAUGACAAAUGGACGGGCCUUGAAUACAAUGAUUCAGCAAUCUCUGGAAAGCAAAUUAAAAGGCUUUCAAGCUGAUUGAUAGAUUAAAUGUAUGGAUAGGUUUUACAUGUGUUGGAGAAAAUAUUAUUAUCACUACAGAACUGUGAUCUGCUCACUGUCUUUUCUAUGUUAGACUGUUCUUUCAUGCUAAACAUUGAGACACAAAAAUGUGUCUUGUUGCAAAAAAAAGUUUUUUCCACUGUAUACUACAAUAACAAUUUAAUAAAAGAUUAUUUGGAACUGGA